AUGGACGUCAAUGUGCAAGAACGUGCAUUAAUGAUAUUUUUAAGUUAUGAAAAACUUCGAAGACCAUCUGUAAGUGUUCGACAACGACGAACAGAAAAUCCUUUACGUGAACGUUUAUUAGUAAGAAAGUUUAUAACUCAACUGGAGCAAUAUUAUUAUUACCAACAGCAACAACAGCAGUAUUAUAACACUAAUAUUUGUGACACUCAGAAUAAUAACAAUAAUUCAUUACAAUAUUUACCAUUAUAUAAUAUAACAUAUAAUACAAUAUCAGAUAAUAAUAGUACAGAUAAAAUGACUUUGGAAAGUGAAAGAAUGGACGUUGAUACAGGCGAAGACGGAGAAGAAGAUGAAGAGUACAAAGAACAAGAAAAUUGUUCAAUAACUAUGUCUGAUGUGGAUGCAAAUAAUAACACAAUAAUUAACAAUCAUAAUGAAGAAGUCGUCAAACAUUAUUCAUAUGUUCAAUUAGUUAAAUCUAAUGAACAGAAUCAAUUUUAUCAUGAUCAAACAACUCAAUCAAUUCAAACAGCAAUAAUUAAUCAGUCAAGUGAAGUGUAG